AUGGUGUGCAGGGAUGUAAGCGACAAUGGAUUGGGUGAUACCCUUGGUGGAGUGGAUUGGGCGAUAGCACCUCAGUCGCAAGAGGUACAGGUGACGGCUCAAGACAAGGAGUCCAUAGAGAUGGCACCCAUGAGGGAAGCAAGACCAGGGAGGAUGGCGACGCUUGGAGAAGAGUCCUAG